AGUGCUGAGCCAUCUCAUACUUCCAUCGAUCGCUACGGAAAAAAUCGAUAGAGAAAGAGACGAUCUUUUAGAAGGAUGCUCGCGUUGUUCGAGAAGUCGGUGGCGCAGUCGCCCGAAGGGCUGAGAAGCCCGGCCGUAGGCGGACAAGAGAAUGACGUUCACGGCGUUGUGGCGCUUCUGCAGCACUUUUCAGAAGUCAAGGAGAGAUCAGUCACCAUAAGCCUCGGAUCUGCCUGUGCCUUGGCGUACUCUUCCGUGAAGUACAGCCCACUUCUACCCCUGUUAUUUGCUGUUGUGGAUGAUAUAUUUUGCCUGUUUGAAGGGCAUAUUGAGAAUUUACCUCAUUUGAAGCAACAAUAUGGGUUAACCAAGACUGCCAACGAGGCUAUUAUUGUAAUUGAAGCAUACCGAACAUUAAGAGAUAGAGGACCUUAUCCUGCUGACCAAGUUGUAAGAGAUAUCCAUGGGAAGUUUGCCUUUGUUCUAUUUGACAACACCUCAAAAUCCACCUUUAUUGCUGUUGAUGCUGAUUGCGGUGUUCCUUUUUUCUGGGGAGCUGAUUCUGAAGAUCAUCUUAUUUUAUCCGAUGAUGUAGACCUCGUAAAGAAAGCCUGCGGGAAAUCAUUUGCUCCUUUCCCUAAAGGUUGCUUUUUCACCACCUCCAAAGGAUUACAAAGUUUUGAACAUCCCUUGAAUGAGUUGAAACCAGUUCCAAGGGUUGAUAGCAGAGGGGAGGUGUGUGGUGCGACUUAUAAGGUUGAUUCAGAGACCAAGAAGCCAUCUGGGAUGCCUAGGGUUGGCAGUGCUGCAAAUUGGUCAAAUAACUAUUAAGCUAGCAAUCAUAAUCCAACCAAACACUUUCUAUUUAUUAGUGCUUGUUGCCUUUCUUCUUGCAGUUUCUUUUAUUUUCAUCAGAUGAGAGAACUUUACCAGAACUCUCGGGUGUUGACACCUCUGUUAUGUGAGGUGUUUGAGUUUCUAGCUUUCUAUCGUGCACUGUGUUAUGCUAAUGUAUUGGACUGUGUUCUCAUUUUGACGGUAAAAUAAACGUUGAAUAUUUUCUUGAGUAA